AGCAUGGCACAUAUACACGGUUACAUGACCAAGGAGAGUUUCUCAAACUGACCACAGCCCCUGAGUCACGGGUGGUGUGUCACUUCUUCGUCGAGGGCAUGGCGAGAUGCCAAAUAGUUGAUGCACAUCUGCAGAUCCUUGCGAGGAAACACUACAACACUAAAUUCAUUAAGUUCGAUGCUACGGAAUGUGGAUUUUUGGUGCAGAAAUUGGCUUUGAAGGUGCUCCCAGCCGUAUUCUGUUUUGUGAAUGGAGUGGUAAAAGAAAGGAUCGUUGGCUUCGACAGAUUCAAAGGCGGGGACAACUUCAAGACUAUGGAAUUCGAGAUGUUGUUGUUUGAAUCUGGGGUGUUAACACGCGACAAUGACAAGUCAUUCGCUUCAGCGUAUGUUUCUCGGCCGGCAAAAAACAAGAACGACUCCGACGAUGAGUUCUAAGUUUCGGUUAUGAAUAUCAUAAGCGACAGAAAGUGAACUGAGGGACAAAACGGAAUAGGAAGCAAUAGUCAGAGAACUGAAAGUUAUAGCCACCCGGCGGACAUAGAUUUGAGUAGAUGAAAUAGCACAUAUGAAUUUGAGAGAUGAAAUCGCAAGACGCACACAGUUCCGCAACUACCUCAUGUGUAUCGCACACUGGGCGCUAUUAUACCAUAUACCUCCUUCUGUGCGGAGAGUAACUUCCUCCUAAUACGCAGGCGGGUGCUGAGCACGAAUAGAGCCCAUUACUUAUGUAACAGAUGAACCUUGUCGAUUACGUCAAGUGGUGCAUUUCUAAACUACUCAUGCCAGUAUCUACAAAAUGGAAAGCUGGAAAGAAUGCCAAUCUUGCCAGGAGCAAGCAAAGUUGGAAUGUCUCAUGCACUGAAAAGGUCUCUUUUCAUUUAUUAGCUGUAUGUCAUAAGGGAACAUUAUUAAAAAAACAUGACCUGUCUGCUCGAA